AUGCAGUGGUUUCAGCUCGCUCUUUCGGUUGGGAGCCUCAUGCUCCUGCCAGGCCUCGGCCAUGCCAGGCCCUCGCCGGAACCCUCGACUGAGGCAUCGCUCGCUCGUCGACAGCCUCCCGCCCAGCCCCCGUUUACCCCUGGCGGGUUCGCCUAUCGCGGAUCCUACCUAAGUCCUCUCGAGGUUCGGAGCAUGGGUGGCUUCUGGCCCUCAGGCGCUGAUUGGGAGGCACGCCCGGAAGCAUUCAACCUCGAUCGACACGUCAACGGCGGUGAGAAUGGUGUUGGGGUAGGAGUUCAGGACCCGGAGCUGUGGAGAUCGGCGUAUGUUACUGUCGGCCAGACGAUAGAAGCUGCACAGCAGCAGCCGGGUGGCUGGUUGUACGUGAUCAGGGCGACACCGAACAUGCUCUACGGGAACGGGUAUCCCGAAAGCUACGCCUAUGCUCUGGGAGGAGUUCUCUGGCAGCAGGUGAUAGGCUGGCAUCGAGUCCAACGGGGACCCAACGGCGAAGUCUCUGUUGAAUACCCUAUGACGCUCAACCGCGAGUAUGAACAUCGGGUAUAUGAUGGCAACCCAGCCUGCCAAGCGAGCAGCAGCAUACCACCGAACAUGCGGAAUCCGGAUCGCCAGACUUAUGGUCAACACAACGAGGACGAUGAAGCGGUAGAGCUGAUGGAAGACUGGACGGUGAUUUCCCUAGUGGGCUUGUUUCCGUUCCAAUGGAGACAUUACGAGUUCGACGAAGAUGUCCCUGGGCCGCUGGAAGGGCUCCCCGAGGCCGCGCCGAUUCCCGCACCGCCUGUACAACGGCGGCUGUCGGGCGAUGAGCUCCUCGCGGCGGCGGAGUACCUCGCGGGCCUGGACGAGGGUCAUCGAUGCGAAAUCCCGAUGGAAAUGUGGAACGAAUAUCUGGUGGACGAGGCGGACCACGAUUUGGCACUGGCGUUCGCGUAUGUGAACGAGACCCUGGGUCAUCACGCCGCCGGCCCGUCACACGGCAACCAGCCCGGCCCGUCUAAUGGGGAUCAGCUCAACCCGCCUAACGCUCACCCGCCGGCGCACAGCCCCGCGUGGCCGAACAACGACGAAGGUCUGGAUCGGGCGGUGGCGGAGGCGAUGCAAUGGUUUGACCAGCAACACGAUGCAAUGUGCACGCUACUCAGCGGCGCGUGCGGGUUCAUGGGGAGCCCUAACCGACGGUCAGACAAGGACAAGCUGAAGGCGCCCAAGGCGAACCUGAACAAGUUCUGCCAGCGGCUGAAGAAGAACUACCACCGGCCGCUGACAUGCAAGAAAACGGACAAGGGGGUGUGCGAGGAUGCGCGGGCGCGGUGCUCGACGAUCAAUUACCUGGUGCUGGACAUUGCGCUGGGCGACUACAACUGGGGGGGCACGUACGACAACAUCCUGGCGAUGAUGGGGCAUCACUGGUACAUGAUGGCAGAGGCUCCGGGUUACGGGGACCACGCGCAGAAGAUAAUUGACCUGGAGAAGUCGUAUGGGACGAAGACGGUGCGGAUCCGCGACAUGCACGGGAUCGUGCUGAUGGACCACCUGGUGGACGCGGUGGGCGCGGGCGACCAGUGGUACCUGCAGGACGUGAAGUUGGUGGCCCAGUGCGAGGGAUCGCGGGACCGCAUCCACAUGGACAAAUUCAUAGGCAUCAACAAGUGGGUUGGGCACCAGGGCGCGGCGCGCGAGUCGAUCGUGUGGAACGGGUGGUUUGGGCCGGAGGACUGGCGGCAGGAGAAGCCGGGGAUCGGGCAGAAGCCCGACGCGUAG